UGAAGAGGAAAAAGCCCUGAGGCGAAAUGGCAGUUCUUCAUAUUGGCUUCUUUGCUUUGGCUCUGCUCAGUCCUGUUACUGCUGCUCAGGGUGAAGAGAGGGAGUGUGCGUACGCAGAACAGCAGCAGGCUCUGGCCGAUCGCAUUGGUGGAGGAGGGGAGGGGCGUGUCUUCCUAGAGAAUUCAACUAUUCGCUGUAGUCAGGGAGGUCGGUGCUAUGGAUUGUGGGAAAAGAAGCAACAUGGAGUGAGGCUGGUCAAACAAGGUUGCUGGACGUAUCUUGGUGACAAACAGACAUGCCACGAUGAUGUUUGCCAGGUUACGACACCACCCUCUCAAAACCAGAAUGGCAGCUACCGCUUCUGCUGCUGUAGCAGAGACAUGUGCAACCUUAACUUCACUGAGGAUUUCCCGCUACCCAGACCCACCACCGCACAGCCAAUCUAUACUCGCCAUCUCUACCGGGAGGAGGCCAUCUUGAUUGCCCUGGCAAGUGUAUCUGUGGUGGCAGUCCUGGUUGUGGUGCUCUUUUUCUGCCACCGUGUGCUUAGAGGACAUGGUAAGCAGAGUCUUCAUAACUUAAAUAUGAUGGAAGCUGCAGUUUCCCCCCAUUUACUGGACCUGGAUAAUCUUAAACUACUAGAGCUGAUUGGGCGUGGCCGGUACGGAUCAGUGUACCGUGGUUCUCUGGACGAGCGCACUGUGGCAGUUAAAGUUUUCUCCAGUGUUAAUCGCCAGCCUUUUGUGAAUGAGCGUUCCAUCUACCGCUUACUGCUGGAGCAUGACAACAUUGCCCGCUUCCUCGAGACCGAAGAACGAAUCGGGACAGACGGGAACCCAGAGUACCUGCUGCUAAUGGACUUUUACCCUUAUGGCUCCUUGUGCACAUAUCUAAAUUCGAGGACAGUGGACUGGUUGAGCUGCUGUCGCUUGGUUCUUUCUGCCACCAAAGGACUGGCUUACCUGCACACAGAGCUAGUAAGAGGAGACCUGUAUAAGCCUGCUGUGUCACACAGGGAUCUGAACAGUAGGAACGUGUUGGUGAAGACAGAUGGCUCCUGUGUGAUCAGUGAUUUUGGCCUGUCCAUGACUUUAACAGGGAAAAGACAGUCCGGUCAUGCAGAUGAUGACAACACUGCCAUCAGUGAGGUGGGUACAGUGCGCUACAUGGCUCCAGAGGUACUGGAAGGAGCUGUGAAUCUGCGAGACUGUGAGGCAGCAUUAAAGCAGGUGGAUGUUUAUGCAUUAGGUCUACUCUACUGGGAAUGCUUCAUGCGCUGUGCUGAUCUCUUUCCAGGUGAAUCAGUGGCCACGUUCCAGCUAGCUUUCCAGACGGAGUUGGGAAAUCACCCAACCAUAGAAGAAAUGCAGGCACUUGUCUCCCGGCAGAAACAAAGACCUAGAUUCCCAGAAGCCUGGAAGGAAAACAGCCUGACUCUGCGUUCCCUGAAGGAGACUAUGGAAGACUGCUGGGAUCAGGAUGCUGAGGCUCGUCUCACAGCUCAGUGUGCGGAAGAGCGGCUGGCUGAGCUGCUUCUCCUCUGGGAACGGGACAAAUCCAUGAGCCCUGCUCUAAACCUCAGCACUACGAUGCACAAUCACAGGAACUUGUCUCAUGAGCGCCAAACACCAAAGCCUGGCCCAGAAAUGUCCUCUGUGGCCACUGAUGAGGGCAGAGAGGGUGAAGCUACAACUCUCCACAGUGAUUCAGCUACAGAGCCGGCCCUGACAGGAGAGCUCAAUCCCACAGGCGUUAUAGCUGUAGAGAAGAACAGGAACUGCAUCAACUACGAGCGUCAGCAGGCACAAUCACGCCACUUCGGGUCUGAUGGCAACACUCCCAUAGGUUCUUCUGAGCCUGUGCCAGCAGUGUGCAUUGCCGGGCCUCUCCGUGCCCAGCUUACCCAGGAGGACCUGGAGACCCCCAAGCUGGACUUGAGCGAGGUGCAGCGCAACCUGCGCGAAAGCUCUGACGAGAGCCUCAUGGAGCACUCGCAAAAACAGUUCAGCUCAUCUGAAACCACAAUCCCUUUCUACCCACUGGUGGAAAUGUCCACCGAGGUAUCUAGACACAGUGACACCCCUGGAUCUGUCCUGCCCAAGCAGCAAAACGUCCCUAAGAGACCCAGCAGCCUGAGCCUCAACACAAAGUCUGCUGGAAAACUUUCCUCAUCUUCCUCGGCUUCAUCUCUUAGAAUGAAGUUAGGGAAGCUGGCCAAGAGUAAUCUGAAAAGGGUUGACGUGGGCGUGGCCAGAGCAAAAUCUGCUCCUGGACCCCGACCGGUUGUGGUGGUCACCAACAACGCAGUCUCCUCUAUAAUGGCAAAUUUAAGCGGAGGAUCCAGUCAUGUGCCUCCUGUCGGCACUCUAAACGCCGCCGAAUCUCAGGUUAAAGAAAGUACUGAGGAGCUGACUUUUGGCCUCUUAACUGCCAGCCCAGACGAGCAGGAGCCGCUGCUGCGGAGAGAUGCCCAGCUAGACAGCAACACCAACAACAAUAACAGCAAUAACAACGGGGAUGGAAACGGUGACGGUGAGAGUGAGGGUGCAGGAGGAGAGGGAGGAGAGACUAAUGAGAGCACUGCUUCAGCUGGAGACCCUCAUACCUCAUCUAUAUCUGAGCCUCCGGCAUUGCCACCUCCGUGCCAGCCUGCUCCUCUUCUAGCAGCACCUGAAGCUGGACCGUUAGCACAGCCACAAGGAGAAGCAUUAUUAAGACAGAACCGUGUGCGCAGACCAGAGAGACCCAACUCACUGGAUCUGUCCUUUACUACACACCCCUUACUGGGAGGCCUUUCAGAUUUAGACGGAAAGGAGGGAUCUGGAGAAAAGAUUAAAAAACGCGUAAAGACGCCCUACGCUUUGAAGAAGUUGCGUCCUGCGACCUGGGUCAUCACCACAGAUACUUUGGAUGCUGAAGUAAACAAUAACAGGUGUCCUGGAGGUCCGACCCAAGGUCAGGCUGGCUCUACCAGACCCAAAUCCACCCCUGUGCUGUUCGUGAGGGGUCGAGGGGGAUUGACCUCCACUUUCACCACCGAUUCCAGUGACUGCACCUUUUAAAUCUCAGCCCUGCCU